AUGUUUGAGAUCGAAGACGGGAAGCUCUCCAGCAUGCUAGAGUCCAUGUCUCUAUCUCCACUCACUCCUACCAUGACCGGACUUACAAUUAAAUACGAUGGACACACCGUGCCAUUUGAAUCAACUAUUGAGAUCAAAACCCGGGUCUCCCAUAGGCCUCUUGAGAUCGAAGAGGUCGCACCGCAGCUCUGGGUAUCGCAAACUCCCAAACUUAGGCCAGAGGUUGAGGAUGUGGCAAUUGAGAUCAAAAGAUGGGAGGACCGCAACCAGACGGAUUUGAGGAAAUUAGCGGCGCUUCUUGACAAGAUGCUCCGCGAAGUUAAAGGCUGUGACACAUUUUCGGUUGCACUUUCGUACAAGUCAUCUGGUAGCAUUUUCGUGCCUUUUCUUUUCCAUAUUAUCAACUUAUCUGCCUGGCAAUCAUAUCGUGCCGUAGCAUGGCCGCCUCUGACGACCUCAAUUCAUAUUGGUGGCGUUCAAUACAACACUGAAGUAUCGAAGAUACCCUACUUAGCAUCUUUCGUCAAAUUCCAAGCCAAAGCCCAACCAGGCAUAACAGAGUUUGUUCAUGGGCCUAUCCUUCUCUUUUCGGAAGCACUCAAGGGUAUUGAACGGGUUAUCGACAGUGUUUCUGAAAGCAAGGGGGAUAAGUCGAAGGCGCGCGAUGCGGCAUUUAAGCUCUUGUAUUUGAUGCCGUUUGGUGAAUUCGAUGAUGAGGUAAAAAAUAGCACCAAAAUCUUUAACACAGUUCUCUUUCUCGUGCCUCACUCAGGAACUUUUAAGUGGAGCACACGAUCAAUCAUGCGGGCGGCAUAUGAGGAGCGUUUUGUGCUAUCCGCGAAGCAGAGGACCAGUUUAGACAAAUGGGAAAAGGGGGAAGCUGCGAGAAGGCCGGCGGAGGAGGAUAGUGAUAUGACAACAAAGGAAGAAAGUGACUGGUGGAACCGGGGUACCAUCUGGAAUUGUACGAAGAAACAAUUUGAUUCCGUUGUUCAUGCGAGUGUUGUCUGUUUGAAGACGGUUAUUUUCGAUGGCCUUGCAGCUUCAUGCAUUGAAACUGCACCGCCUAGAGCUAUGAUGCCGGGUGAGACUGAUCUCCUCUUCCAGCUUUGGCUCGACAACUACUACAAGAAACCUUGCCCAUCAGAUUCGCAGGACGUAGCGAAACCUACACCAAAGUCCUUUUAUCCCAAUAGCCGCAUCUGGAUCUUGCGCAAUCUGACAACUUGGGAGUUUGUCAUCUCCUACUCCGUUGCCCUGAAACCGGAGUAUGUCAGUGGCCCAUUCAUCAGCGGUAUUGGAUUUGGCGAAAUGAUUCUCUCUCGCAUCUGCUGGUCGACAUCCGGGUUCAUCUCAAUGGAGAACAAACACCACAUUAAUACGGCAAGUGGGCUGGGCAUCAGCUCGAUAUCGUUCCACUUGAUAGACUCAACAAUGGGAACGGUUCUUGGAAAAACAUUGGUGAUGAAGUAG